GGACUUGCGCCCUCUUUGUUUUUGAGCGGCAUGUAAAUAGACUACAAAGUUGUUUUUGCCUUAGUUUUGUUAUUAUUGCCCUGUCAAUUAGUCAGUGAAUAUGUCUUCAAUCAAUUUUGCGAUGUUAGGGAAUAAAACUAGUCAAAAUAGAGAGAGUGUGCGGUGUCAGAAGUGCCUCGAGAUGGGCCACUGGACCUAUGAAUGUACCGGUAAGCGCAAAUACGUUCAACGAGAAUCAAGGUCUCAACAUUUACAGAAGAAGAUUAAAAAGCUGACUUCCAAAUCAAAAGAAUCAACAAAGAAAGAAAAGAAGAAGUCAAAAAAAGGAUCUGAUGACAGCUCGGGUAGUGAUUCCUCUAGCAGUGACUCCAGGGGAUCAGACAGUGAAUCAUCCAGUAGCAUGUCCUCAAGUAACUCGUCAAGCUCCUCCAGUAUGUCAUCAAGCAGCAGCGAUGAAUCAGACAGCAGUAGCAGUAGCAGCAGUAUGAGCAGCACAACUAGCGGUAGCACAAGUAGCAGUAGCGCCAUCAGUGAAGACUCCAUUCCUCCGCCAAAGAAGCAGAAAUGGAGGAAAAAGACUACAAAACGAGUAAAGAAGUCAAAAAGAUGAACGCAGCCUAAUCGGUUUUGACCAUUUCUCGGAUUUCAACAGAACAUUCUCGGCAAGUCUGCAAAGUAUACAUAAAAUGUUAUUGUAGAACAAAUAAAUGACAGCACCUAUUAAAAUAUUGCUGAAGAUUAAUUAGUGAAUUAUUAUUUAAUAAACUUGAACUGGAUUCAUGCAACUUGUUGAAUUUGAAAUCUGUUGUAUAACAGUCUGCCGAGGAUAUGUGCGAUUAGGCCAAAAACAUGUUUUGUAUUGACCAAGCCAAUGGACGAAAAAUAUAUAUUUUGUAAAAUAUAUAUUUUCAGAAGUGGAAACCCGAAAUGCUUGUGUAUGAAUGCAAUUUUAAAGCCUAAAUUGCAGCACAUUACACAACUGUAAAUUUUAGCUCAAUAGUUGUCAUUUUUAUUAGCUAUGAGAGAAACCAUAGCUUAUUUUGCAAAGCUGGUGAUAGUCACUGUGUGUUUGCUGAACUGUGAAGAGAUACUGGUUGCGAAAACCAGCUUCGUUAUUCUUCCUCGCCUAUGUUCACAUUGAUUCACUGGAUUUUUCUGUUUAAAGUGACCAGGUACGUGAGUUUGACCGAUAAACAAUGUGAAAAGUGAAACCACUUAAAUUAGAGCAGUGCAUUGCUUGGGGCGAAAACAAACCCAUACAGUUGAACUUGCCUAAGUCGAAUCCAAAAUGCCAUUGAAAUAUUUUUUUCUACUUAGAUUAAAUUCGACUUACAGAUUGUCAAUUAAUGGAAAACACAACAAUUUGGCGUGUAAAAUGAGAUCGACUUAGAAAUUAUUCAACUUAGGCACAGUCGACCUUGCAAGUUUAACUGUAAUUAGCAGGGGCGGAUCCAGAGAUCUCCAAAGGGGGGGGGGGCCGAAAUUUGGGCCGAUCGCGACAGCAAUGUCCUAGGGGUUCCGGGGGCAUGCCCCCGCGAAAUUUGUGUGUUCUAGAUGCCCGAAAAUAACAUUUGAGGCAUUGUGGGCUAUCAUUUUUUUCUUUUUCUUUCUUUUUUUCUUUUUUUUUUCUUUUUUUACCUCCCCUAAAUCCGCCCCUGAUUAGAUAGGUACCAAAGUGCUGUACAUGGGGACACGAAAGGUCCUUAAUUCAGAGCCAGGCUCCAAAGGAAACAAAUGUUUUGAUAUUUUGUAACAACUGAUUUUAUCUAAGACAAAAACCAUAUUGCCAGAAAAAUUGGGAGCACCUAAUGAGAUACAACUUUUUGAAUACUGUAUUUAAAUAACUGGGGGGAAAGGGGCAUAAACCAGCUUUUUUCACCUUUUCCCCCAGUUAUUUAAAUAUUCCAAGUUCUUCGUCAAAUAUGAUUUUUGUGUCUUUGACAAAUCAGUUGUACAUCAUAUCAAUUUUGUAUUUUUCCUCCGGAGCCUGACUUCAACAGAAGUUGUUUAAAAACCUUAAUUGGCUAACCUAAACACUGUAUUUAACAGAAAUAGCAUAGUAUACACAAUGACAUCAUCAGUGGACAUUUUGAUUAUUGCAUCAUCUGUUACUGUUUACUAGAUUUUGAAUUGAUCUGUAUAGCAAGUGGCAUUGUUGUGAUAUGAAUAAAACGUUAUUUUACAAGUACGAAGAAAAAACAAUGUUUUAAAA